AUGACACCAUUGCACAUAGCUUCAUUUACUGUAAUACCAAUAUCACCACCACCUAUUUGGUUCUUCAGAGCACGUAAAAGACACAGAGAUAUCAGCCAAAUCUUCGAAAUGCUUAUUCAAAAAGACCGGUCCGUGUGCUACAUGGUGGACAAAAAUAUGCAAAAUCCGCUCCAUCUAGCAGUGAUAAACGGUAACGCAGGUUUAGUGCGACAGAUACUCCGUCAUUCUAAAGAUUGUAUCGACAUGGUAGACAUUGUGGGUAGAAAUCCUCUCCAUUUGGCCGUAGAAAACGCAUCAAUAAUAUUCGCAAGGGCGGGACCAGGUAUCCGAGAUAUUAUGUUGGAUGUACUGAAGAAAAGGUUCAUUAAUUGCACCGACUCUUUUGGGCGGACUCCAAUUGAUAUAGUGAAAGAUUAUUCAUGCAAAGAUCCUCGACUUUUCUAUGCUAUUGGCAACUUUCUGUCUAAAUGUGGUGGCCGUCCAAGCUCACGGUGGCUCCAGAGCGAAGCAAGGAAUUUCCCAACUUCUGAGAUAUCAACAUGGAAGGGGCAGACCAUAUCAGUAAAUGCAGUGCUUCUAGCGACAGUUGCUUUUACAGUUGCUUUCACCUUGCCAGGAAAGCACGAUUCUGCAGACAUUAAUUCCCUUAUCUUUAAAGUUUUGGUGGUAUCUGACGCUUUGGCAUUUUGUUUCUCAAUGGCAUCUGGACUUGUCCUUGUUUAUGCUAGUUUCAGUAGCAAUGUAGAAGACCCUAUUCUCUGUGACAAGAGUCUGUUCGCAUUGUGGGUAGCCUUGGUAUCAACAGGACUCACAUUUGGUGCGGCCAUACACAUGGUAGUAGCACCCAAAUGUUUAUGGCUGGCUAUGGUUAUGUGGGUAAUGGUAUCCUAUCUUCCAAUAUGGUUAGUGCGACUAUCUUCGCGAGGAAAGUUAUUCUUGUUCACGCAUCCCACGGCAUUUAUAGUCGACCUCAUAUCGGCGGCUGUAUCACUUUUAUAUUUCUUGUGUGAUCCUCUCCAUGAGUUAGUGACAGUGUUGGUAGACGUCAUAGAUUUCAUACGCUUCUCCCUCAGAAGAUGUGUCAAGGGAAAGAGCCCAAUAAUUUCUUCUAAAAGAAGCUAUAGUAGCUCUGCAAUGGAGGGCUGCACUGAUUUCCUUUCAAAGAAGCCUGGACGUCAUGGGGAAGGGUUGCCUUUGUUGAUAGCACUUUUCUUUUACCAGAAACUCUGGGGGACAGUUCACAUGUUUCCUCCCGUCUCUGGGGCCUAUGCGCCUGGGGGUACAUCUCCACUGGAAACUUCGAUUUCGGGCCCUCGUUUAGGUGUCCUAAGCUCUGAGGUCAAUGCAGCUGUAGGUCCCCAUCCUAUGUGCUUCGGCACGUUUGAUUCUCUGGGCCCCUUGAAGGAUUUGUUCUGUGGUGCUCUAUAG